CAGCUACUUUUUUCACCAUUCAAAAAAAAAAAAAAAAAACCAUGGCAUUCCAAUUCGUGCUUCCCUUAUUCGUUUCCCUUCUCUUCGUCUUCCUCUUCUAUUGUUUACUUAAAUUCUUUAAAUCCAACGACCACCACAAUUUGCCCCUCCCGCCGGGCACCAUGGGUUGGCCGUACAUCGGCCAAACCUUCCAGCUCUAUUCCCAGAACCCAAAUGUCUUCUUUGCUUCCAAGCAGAAGAGGUUUGGGUCCAUUUUCAAGACCCAUAUACUCGGGUGUCCCUGCGUGAUGAUUUCCAGCCCCGAAGCGGCUAAAUUUGUGCUGGUGACCAAAGCUCAUCUCUUUAAGCCGACGUUCCCCGCCAGCAAAGAGAGGAUGUUAGGCAAACAAGCCAUUUUCUUCAGCCAAGGGCAGUAUCAUGCCCAAUUGAGGAAGCUUGUCCUCCGUGCCUUCAUGCCGGAAGCCAUCAAAACCAUCAUCUCCAACAUCGAAUCCGUCGCCAAAGGCUCUCUCCAGUCUUUGGAAGGGAGGUUGAUCACCACUUUCCAAGAAAUGAAAACAUACACGUUCAAUGUUGCUUUGCUGUCGAUAUUCGGAGAGGAUGAAGUUCUAUACAGAGAAGAUCUCAAGAGAUGCUACUACAUUCUAGAGAAAGGGUAUAACUCGAUGCCGAUUAACGUCCCCGGUACACUCUUCCACAAAUCGAUGAAAGCCAGGAAAGAGCUCGCUCAGAUCCUGGCCAAAAUCAUAUCAACCAGAAGGCAAACGAAACAUGACUACAAUGACUUGUUGGGGUCUUUCAUGGGUGAUAAACAAGGCCUCACUGAUGAACAAAUCGCCGACAACAUCAUCGGUGUAAUCUUCGCCGCUCGUGACACCACCGCCAGCGUACUCACAUGGAUAAUUAAGUACCUCGGUGAAAACCCAAGCGUUCUUAAAGCUGUCACGGAUGAACAAGAGGCUAUAAUACGAGAGAAAGAGAAAUGCGGCGAGGAGCAAAGCCUGAGCUGGGCCGAUACGAAGGCGAUGCCGAUUACUUCGAGGGUGAUUCAGGAGACACUUAGGGUUGCUUCAAUUUUAUCUUUUACCUUCAGAGAAGCAGUGGAGGAUGUUGAAUAUGAAGGGUAUCUUAUACCAAAAGGAUGGAAAGUUUUACCACUUUUUAGAAACAUUCAUCACAGCCCAGAAAUCUUCCCGGAUCCUGAAAAGUUUGAUCCCUCAAGAUUUGAGGUUGUUCCAAAACCCAAUACAUUUAUGCCGUUUGGCAAUGGAACCCAUUCAUGUCCGGGGAAUGAGUUGGCCAAGCUGGAAAUCUUGGUCUUUCUCCAUCAUCUGACCACAAAGUACAGGUGGUCUAUGGUGGGUACAAAUACUGGGAUUCAAUAUGGUCCCUUUGCUCUUCCCCAGAAUGGUUUACCACUCAGAUUAAUCAGAAAAUCAUAGCCAACGAACUCAGUUUUAGACGUAGUGUGAUCAGAGCAGGCUUAUUAGAUUGGAUGAUUGUGAAACAAAGAAUGCAGAAAA